UGAAUUUUGGAUUCGUCGGCCCUCGACGGAAGAGCUGAUGACGUGGCGUCAGUUACAGAAUGUCAAAAUACGAACAUCCUCCGUCAUUCGAAAAAACAUAGCCUCUUUCUCUCUUCUCUCUCGGUCUGUCUCCUUGAUUUGGAUUUUCAUCCAGAUAUCGCCAUCGAUUCUGCAGAUUCAAGAGAGAUUCUUCAAAUGUCGGCUCCCAUGGAUCACUGCAGCCCAAAGACAGGAAUGGACACACAGUCAGCUGUUACACCGAAUUGGACAAUCGAUGUUUCAGAUAUAAGGACGGUGAAAGUUAGCAACAUUUCUCUAGCUGCAACUAAGCAGGACAUCAAAGAAUUCUUCUCCUUUGCAGGCGAUAUCAUAUAUAUUGAAAUGCGAGGUGAAUCUGAAAGUUCUCAGCUCGCAUAUGUUACUUUCAAGGAUCCACAAGGAGCAGACACGGCAACACUUCUGUCGGGGGCAGUAAUAAUUAAUCUUUCUGUCAAUAUAACUCGUGUGGAGGGUUACCAGUUGCCUCCUUUGGCUUUUUCACCACCUUCGCAGGGGACGCUCUCAGGUGGCGAUUCAGUGGUAAAGAAGGCAGAGGAUGUGGUGAGCAGCAUGCUUGCCAAGGGUUUUGUCCUGGGGAAAGAUGCCCUCAGCAAGGCCAAGGCCUUGGAUGAGCGGCACCACUUGAUAUCGACCGCAUCCGCCACGGUUACGUCCCUGGACCAGAAGAUGGGCCUGAGAGAGAAGCUAAGUAUGGGGACUGCCGUGGUCCACGAGAAAGCAAGAGAGGUAGAUGAGCGGUUCCAAGUCUAUGAGAAGACAAGGUCAGCCCUCACGGUGGCGAGCAGUGCCGGGUCGGCCCUCAUGAGCAACCACUAUGUGUCGGUUGGGGCAUCAUGGCUGUCGAGUGCAUUGACUGCGGUCACCAAGGCAGCCGAGGACGUGAGCUUGUUGACUAAGGAGAAGGUUGAGCGGGCUGAAGAGGAGAAGAAUGAGAGCAUUUAUAGGGAGAGGACAGCUAUCGUCAGCAAUUUUGCUCAGAUUCAUCUCGAAGAUGAGCUGGUGGAAGCUGGUGAACUUCCCAUGGUUCCAAUCAAUUCUGCUACUGAAGAAGGUAAGCUCGAGAUCAUAUGAAUGUUGUUGCUUGGAAUUGUUACAUUCCAUAUCUCUUCUCCUCUUGUAUGAUUUCUCCUGUUAUCCUUGUUCUAUCAGUUGGUUGUGGCUCCGAUUAUUCCUUGUAGAUCUCCAUUCUUCUGUAUCGUUGAUUCACAAGUCAGGCCGGUCCGGGUUGAUCUAGCAUUGAUAUGCAUUAUUUCAUUGGACUUGGCUUUUCAAUGAUUAAUUCACGCAUAUUCUAAUUCAAUUGGAUAUAUAUGAAAUUUCUGCAUUUAUUCCAAAAUCAGUCUACUCUAGAAUUAUGUGA